AUGGAUUCUCCACCUCAUCUUCAAAGACAACAUAGUCUUGGUGGUUUGGUAGACUCUGCAUCUGGUGGUAGAUCGGCGACAGCUGCUGCAUCGGCAACAACAUCGACAACAACUGUACCGUUUAUGAUGACACGGUCAAAUACAACUAUCGUUCCAUUAUCACCUAGUGGUAGUCAUCAUCAUCAUCAAAGUGGAAUGACAACGACUACGACUACACCUACACCACUAUUACACUCAAAUACUACACAUCUAUCAUCAUUAAUGGUACCAAACAACAAUAACAAUAACAAUAGUAAUAAUACAAAUUUAAAUGGAACAUCACCAACUACAAGUAAAUUGACCAGUAGUAUAAUAAGUGGCAAUCAACAUCAACAACAACAACAAAAUACAUCAGUCAUCAAUAUCGAUACUACAAUGACAAACGAUCCAUCAACUGUUUAUCUAACUAUAAAUGGUCGACCUUCUAUCAAACUAACUUUCACAUUAAAUGGUGGCAUCAGUACCACCGCCAACAAUAAUAAUAAUAAUACUACAACAAAUACAAAUACAAAUAAUAUAAAUAAUAAUAAUAAUAAUAAUCAAAAUAAUAUAAAUAAUAUAAUUAAUUUACUAAUAGAGUCAGCAGAUCAAAACAAUCAAAAUAGUAUAGUUGGAAAUGUAAUUAAUAAUACGAGGAAAUAUUAUUUCAAAGGAUUGAUCAAUUCAAUUGGCAAACAACCCAAUAUGUGUGAAGAUUCCUACUUUUUGUCGGCAGAUUAUACGGCGGUUGGUGUCGCCGAUGGUGUUGGGAGUUGGCGUUCGGUGGGUGUCGAUCCGGGCGAAUACUCUCGUAGUCUAAUGAAAACCUCUCACAAACUAGUCAACAAUUAUCCAUGUUUUAAACCAUUCGAACUCAUCGAUCAAUCAUAUACUCAAUCACUCAGCACUCCUGGCUCCUCUACAAUCUGUAUUUUAAAACUUUUAUCUUCUAAAAUGUAUAGUGGUCUAGUUGGUGAUUCUUCCUUUGUCCUAAUUAGAAAAGAUAAAAUUGUACAUAGAUCUAUUGAACAAACUCAUAGUAUGGAAAAAGAAAAAAUAGAUAAUAAUCAAAUCAAAUAUAAAUGUAUUAAUAUCUAUCUCUUUAUCUCACUUUUAGAACCAAAUCAUCCAUUUCAAUUAGGACAAGGAAGUCAAGAUAAACCAACAUCUGGAACUUAUAUGGAACAUGAUGUAUUGGAAAACGAUAUAGUUGUGAUUGGUACGGAUGGAUUUUUCGAUAAUAUAUUUGAUGAGGAGAUAUUAGAGGCUAUCAAAAAGGUGGAAUCUAUAGAAUCCUUUUUUGGACACUUGAUGGAAUUGGCCAAAAAGAAAUCGACUGAUACCACUGUUUCAACGCCCAUUGCUUCAAGAAACUCGACAAAGGGUGGAAAGAUUGAUGAUAUUACAGUUGGUUGUUUUGUAAUUUCUGCUCUACAAAAUAAAUAA